AUGAAGCUCCUGCCUCUUGUGUCAGCGGGCUUUUUGUUUGCACAAUCAAUUUUUGCUACUUCAAUCCAGAAGAGAGACACUGUGAGCGAUAUCUUGGAUGACAUCAAGAACGCUGCCACUUGUACAGCCUGCCAGUCUCUGUUGGGUGUCCUCCAGGCUCUUGCUCACGUUGGUAACGAUGCCUUUGUCGAUGUCAUCACCUCAGUCUGUCAGUCGCUUGGAACAGAGGAUCCCGAUGUAUGCGCUGGUGCGAUUGGACUUGAGGGGCCCAUCUUGGCUCACGACCUUCGUCAAAUGAAGAUCGGCUCGCACACUGCUAAGCUUUUCUGCGGUACCAUCUUUGGUCUUUGCGACUACCCAGCUGUGACACCCUACACUGUCUCGUUCCCCUCGGCGAAGCCUGCUGGGGCUGCUCGUCCUCCACCUAGUGGCAAGACCCCUUUGAAGGUCGUCCACUACAGUGACAUCCACGUUGACCUUUCUUACGAAACUGGCGCCAACUACAACUGCACCAAGAAUAUCUGUUGCCGCCCGUACACGAAUGCUGAUGCUCCAGGAAACACGCAGUUCCCUGCUGGUGCUUAUGGCAACAACAAGUGCGACAGCCCACGCAUCCUCGAGCAGAGCAUGUACAACGCAAUCAAGACUCUUGUACCAGAUGCAGCCUUCUCUCUUUUCACUGGCGAUGUGGUAGAGGGCGCAGUCUGGCUUGUAAACCAGACUGAGGUUACAGGCGAUCUCAACAACGCAUACUCGCUCAUGAACACUCUUGGUAUGCCUAUCUUCGGAGUUGUAGGUAAUCACGAUGCUGCUCCUGUCAACAGCUUCCCUCCUGCUGCUGUCGAUACCACAAUCUCGAGUCAAUGGGUCUAUGACACCUUGUCCACCGCCUGGACCAAGUGGAUUGGCUCUGCAGCUGCCACCGAAGCUGACAAGUUCGGUGCCUACUCGGUCAAGAACCCAAACACUAACCUUCGCAUCAUUUCCUUCAACAGCAAUCUGUACUACAAGCAAAACUUCUGGCUAUACGAAGAGCCCAUGGAAACUGAUCCUAGUGGUCAGUUGGCUUGGCUUGUCUCUGAGCUUGACGCUGCUGAGAAAGCUGGUGAGCGUGUCUGGCUAACUGGACACAUGCCCAUGGGUUCCGGCGAUACUUUUCACGAUGCUUCGAACUACUUCAACCAGAUUGUCACCAGAUACAGUGCCACCAUUAGUGCGCAGUUUUACGGCCACACCCACAGAGAUGAGUUCAUGAUCACUUACUCGAACUACACAGCCCAGACAUCUGCCAACGCCAUCGACGUGUCGUACAUCGCUCCUGCUCUGACUCCCACAUCUGGCAAUCCUACUUUCCGUGUCUACUCUGUCGAUCCCGUCACAUUCGGCAUCUUGGACUACACCGUCUACAUUGCCAACCUUUCCUCUCCUACCUAUCAGAAUGGGCCAACCUGGCAGAAGUACUACUCUGUCAAGGAACAAUACGGUGCCCAGCUUAGCCCACCGGUCACCGCAGUAUCUGCUGAACUUACACCUGCAUUCUGGCACAACGUCACCACUCUCUUCUCAAACGACGACGCCGUGUUCCAACAGUUCAAUGCUCGCAAAUCUCGUGGUUAUGGCGUUUCGGCUUGCACAGGUGACUGCAAGACCAACACCAUCUGCCAACUCCGGGCAGCAGAAUCUCAGUACAACUGUGUGACUAUCAAGCCUGGCAUCAACUUCAAGAAGCGUGAUUUGGGUGCUAAUCCCGCUCAUUCUGACGAAUGCGAUGGCUCUGCAGGUGCUAAGAUUUUGAGUGUGCUGACUGACAAUAUUGGUGUUUUUCAGCAGGUUCUCCAGAAGCAACUUGGUGCUAGUUUCAUGAGUGAGACUAUCAACGGCACCACUUCUUGA